AUGUCUCUGGCAGUGGCUGAUGUGAUUGCAGCGGCCUUUCUUUUUCCUUUUAGAGCAAUCGCCUCUGGCUCACGUAGGUGGCCAUUCGGUUACAAUUUUGCCCAGUUUGCAGGUUUCAUUCGACUCGUCUGGGUUGGGGUGUCAGUUUGUUCCCAUGUGCUAACAGCUGUCAAUCGAUAUUUUUGUGUUGUAAAGCCACAAAGGUACUCCAUCUUCUUCAGUAGAAAGAAAGCGAUUCUAUCAAUUAUUUUAGUUUGGCUAGUAAUGUGUGUUAUUUCAUUGACCGGUGCUCUUGGCUUAAAAUUUAUUUACCUGUGGAAUCCAAACAGCAUCAGCCUAAACGGCAUUUUAAAAAGUGAUAAAAAGAUUGGGAAGACUGUUAAUAUCGUUUUCUUAUGCUUCGGCUCGCUAUCAAUUUCGAUGGUAGUAUAUGGUUAUGGAGGCGUCUAUCGAGUCAUACUACAACACAAUAAUGCUGUCGCCCCUUCUCUUCAAGGAGCCAGUAACUCAGGUGCACUGUUGGCACAGGAAAUAAAAUCCUGUCGAGUUCUUUUUGCCACCGUGUUUGGAUUCUGCACCACCUGGUUUCCUUGGAUUCCUUUGAUAAUUUUAGAACGUGGUUUUAACAUUUCCAUUCCAUCCGUUGCUCUAUCGAUUCCAGCGUUGUCAACUUCCAUCUCUACGUGGAUCAAUCCGGUGAUCUAUGGUGUGAUGAAUCGAGCAAUGCGAAAGGAGUUUCAAAACAUACUUCUAUGUCGGAAUUGAGGGUGGCUGAGAAAAUCCAUCCGAUGACACCGCUGUAGUGUAAAUGACCACUUGGUAGAGAGAAACUGAAGCGAGGGCAGCAUUAGAUUAAAAAAACGGAGGAAGUACUUAUGGUGUCAGCCCUGCUAAAUUGUUUUCAAUGGCAAGUUAAUGUUUUCCCUGCCCAAAUGAUUUCCUUAAAAUUUUUAUUUGCCCAAACUAGAUCAAACUCUCCGUCAGAUCAAAUGCUUCACCAAAUAUCUCGUGUCAGUUUAAGAAAUUUCUAGGAUUUUUUCAUAAAGAUAACCAGAAAAUUUAGCAAGCGAAGGUUGCUUGAUGCAAGCUGGUACGAAUAUCAAUUGCUAGUUCGGUCAUUUAUAAAAAAUUUCGAGACCAAACUCCGUGAAUUUUUUGGGAUGUUUUUAAAGCAAAACAAGCCAUAAGUAUUGAUCCUAUUUUUCAGCAUAUGUUUUUAAAAGAUAGACCAUUUCUGCUUUUAUUGGUUUAAAACGUUCACAAUUAGCCAGGGUCAGAAUGCUUCAUCAAUUUUUCUGAGCUAUUUAGUUUUUGUUCAUUGUGAGAUACAUAUUGCCAUUAUAGCAGUGUUCAGCUCAGCUGAUCUUAACACCCGCUGCAGGCGAUAAUGAGAUUUUCUAAAUCAUUCCGCUUUUAAGGACCAUUGGAUUUAAUUAUUAAAAUAAAUGACACAACCACCUUGAAGCUGCACCUCUUUAACUUGCGUGGAAAGUCAAGUUUUGUCUUGAGCAGUGAAACACCUUGAACAGUGAUCAGUAGGUUAAUUCUGUUAUGGCAUUCUUUUUGCACCCGGUACUUUUUGAGUUAUUUUUUUUAUAAUAAAAAAAUAACAACUAUGUUAGCGUAAAGAGAGCGGUUUGUUGCUCGCACCAAUCAGAUCGUUUAGGGUAUGUAUCUCGCAUCAAUCAUGUGGCCGUAUUAGGGUAUGUAUCUCGCACCAAUUAUGUGGCCGUAUUAGGGUAUAUAUCUCGCACCAAUCAGAGCGUCGUUUUUGCUCCAUGGUUGGAGAGGUGUUAAAAUUUCAACAAAGUAAUGGGGGAUUCGGAGAGAGCGGUUCGUAAAAUGGAACCAUCUUUUAGAAUGAGAAAUGUUGGCUUUUUCUAUUUUUUCAACGUGUAUUUUACCGCGCUUUAUGAGAAAUGCGAUACUGCUGGACAGAUGAAAGAUAUUAGAUUACCUAUAGUAAACGUGUUAAUCAUGCUGUGAAAAUGGUGGAUAGUUAUUCGAGAGAAAAUGGAGUCCUGUGCACCGUUGCACGAUCAUGGUAAUUGUUCCUUCACGACGAUAGUGAGUGGAAAAAUUUUGAAUCAAAUAUUGCUUGAGGUGUUGAUGAAUUGUACCAAACAUUUUGAUUUGAGCAGUUCUUUAACGGCAAGCUGUGUUGCAAGAUUCAUGAUUUGUUGUGUGCCGAUUAUAUUUUUCUGAAUUGGUUUGCUUGGCGCUGAUUAAUAUCUGAUUAAAAUUAACUAUGGACGAUUUUGUGUAUGUCUUCGAUGCCUGGAGAAAGUUGACUUGUGAAGUCGUUUGUGUUUGGCCAAGGACGAAUUCACAUACCAUCGUUAGCAUGUUUAUUUGAUUUUGUUAUCUGGAAUGAAUGAUUUACGGAGGUAAGUAAAUAGUAUGUAAUUUACUAACAUCGAAAAUAUAUUAAGUCGAAGGUACAGCUUUGGUCUCGGUCCGCAAUUUUUCCUACAAAAUAAACACAUACCGCUUAAAAAGAUGAUAAUACGGACCACUUGCAAAGCUGUCGAAUAUUGCGCGAGUUAAAUUAUUAAUAGUCACAUCUUAUUUAUAUCUGCUAUGUUUUGAGCGUGACGUCACAUAUUCCUUUUUAUUUCGUUGGACAUCACACCAACCAACUCGCGCCCAAAGUAGACUACAAGAAGGCUUGAAAUUAUAUUAAGAUCGAUUUUGAUGAAGAAACGGGCCAGGAAUAUUCCACAAUAGUGCAAAUAAUCGUGAAAGCUGAUCGCGGAAAAGCGACGGUCGCCAAGUUGUAAGAUGACCAGACGAAAAAACUCUUUAGAUUCUCAGUCUGCAUUUUGUACCCACUCUGCAGUCUGCAGUCUACAUUUUGUACCUAGUCUACAUUUUUUAUCCGGUCUGCAGUCUGCAUUUCGUACUAACAGGUUACGUGGCACCGAUACAGUUUAUUUUGGUUACAGUUAUUUGCACAACACAUACAAUCUACCACAAAAUACCUUUGUGAGAGUUAAUUCGACAUUUUCGUUCUUUUCCGCGUUAAUACUCCUCUUUCCUUUUGUAAAAAUGUAGACUUCACUUGCAAUGUUUCAAGUAAUCCACCCACCUCCAAAAAAUGACUCUUGGCAUGCAUAGCAUGCCUAUGUUUUGCAAGAGCAGCUAUUUCCUAUAAAUCAUGAUCUCACGUUGUGUUUUAUCUUGAGGCGUUUCGCGCUCAGUCGAUUUGUACCUAAAUUCAGACGUUUCGUACCCAGUUUGUGUCGGUUCGAAACCAACCCACUAGACGAUUCAUACCCGUCCCAAUGCUAGAGCGCAAGUGAAAUAAAUCUUUUAAAUAUCUUGGAAAAUCAGGAAAAAGAAGACAUUUAAAACGGUAAGAACCAUGCUUUUUACUGGUUAUUCCUGAGGUUUGCAAUUCCUGCCCUUUUUAGCGAACUAUUUCCGCCAGCGGGAAAGUUCUUUAAAAUAAAUGGAAGAAUAGGUUCGUUUAGAAGGUCCAGUUUGUUAUUGUCUUGUUCACUAGAGAAAUACCACACCAUAGAACAACGGCAGAAUUGGUGUUACAACAAAUUUAAGGGCCAGCGGUUUAUCUGCAAAUUAGGCUUCAGUCCCCUCGCGUCCGUAUUAAUAUAUUGAAAUUUUCGCGCGAAAAGAACAGUACUGCUGUGCAGUUUGUCGUGCUAUGAUCGUUACUUUGCUGCAUCUCGUGUACUCCUUCUAUCCGAACCGUCAGGUACUUUUUGCGUUGUCUUUUGCAGUUUGAUGUUUCGCUUUUUGAUCGUAAUUAUUGUUGUCGAUAGUUGGCUGUAGUGUAAUUUAAGUCUUUGCCCUAUAGUGUUCUUGAAUGUCACUUUGCCGCAGACGCAUGAACCUAAAGCUGUGGAUAGUAAGGCCAGCAGUUGUUCCGCAUCUUCCAUCGCAUUCGUUUAAGCAAAGGAUACGGAAACUCCACUAAAUUUGGUGUUUUUAGCAAGCAUAAUCUAUCAUUGUUUACCUCUAUUCCAAAGCUUAAGCCGCUUUAAUAUUUGAUUCUUUUUUCUAAAUUUUAGGCUGCGCCUUCGAGGACUACUUGAAAUCGUUUCUGUCUUGUUAUGUGCCAGUUUUGCAAUCACAGGAACUCUUUAUUCUUCCCAUGAUCUUACGAAGUAAGAAUCUCCUCUUUGCUUGAUAUUUAGCACUUUGUCAAGUUUAUUCAUUCCAUGAAUAUGGCUGAGUUAGUCGUAACAAAACCAAAUCCUCCGAUCGUGUCCCCCUAAUUAAACUGAUGGUCAAUGUUUCCAAAUAUCAUCUCUUGGUUUUUUUCUAAGAUUGGAUAUCAUUCUGUUGAACUCGAACCAGACAUUAGCUGAGUUUUUACCUCAUGUGAGACACGCCCCUUCAAAGAUACUGGAUCCGUAUUGGAGUUAUGGAGUUGACCAUCGUCUGCAUAUAGGCUUAAUUGUAAAGUUUUGAUUUGUAAGAAUAAAUCGUUUAUAAGAAAUAUUGUUCCCAAGAACACUGCCUUGUGGUACUCCUCACCUAACCUCUUGCCACUCUCACAUUGCAUCCUUCCGUGUAAGUAAUCUCCAAGAAGCAUACGAUAAAAUAUAAGUUAUCAUUAUCUUAGUGCCAUUUAUUUCUAAAAAAUUAUUUCCUUUCUCAGUUUAUAGUUCCCAACUUCAGUAAAUCCAUUUCUCUUGGUCACCAGCUGCUGUACACUCAAGGACUCCCUUUCCGCUUCCUUCCUUGACCUCCGCAUAUUAUUUUCAUUGUUUUUUUCUUUUUUAUCUAUUUCGAAAAUCUUUUUUACCCUGCGUCCCCAGGUGGUUUUUUCGGUCUCCCGCAUUUUUCCUUUCUUUCUGUUGCUCAUUUCAGGUUUAUACUCUGAUUGCAGUCGCCGUUCGUUGAAAUUUCGAUCCUCCUGCUUAGUCUCGUGGCUGAAUAAAAACUGUUGUAUACGGUGUCAUGAAUAGAGUCAUGAGAAAAAAUCUCUCAAACUACUACGUUACCAAAAAUUAACAGAAUGAUGGCUGCAGCUUUAUGCUACAAAAAACAAUUUGUAUUCAUCUAUACUUUUUAAAUGUAUUAUUUGUAGGAAGGUUCGAAGAUUAUGCAAUAUAAAAUUCAAAGAAAUUUUCAUUUUGUUUAUUUCCCUUGAUAUAAAACUGCUGUGCUCUUAGUAAUUAAUAUUCAGAUCGGGACUUGUGGAGGAAUCAUUGUUUACACGUUACCCUGUGAUAUAGCGUGGUCUACAAUUGUUGAUUGAUAGUUUUUCGUACGAUAUAUUGUGCUAUUUCACGCUAUUGACUAUGGCAGCAUGUUGCAGAAGAUAAGAAAAUCAUUUUUAUCUAUUUUGAACCAAUUUUCAUGCACAAUGAGAUGCAACUUGGAUCAAAACACUUGUUAUGACAAAGCUUCGACAAAUGAUUUUAGGGUCUGUUUAAUACGUGCAGUACCAACGCACCGAUUAAGUCUAUUGAGCUAAGUUCCACUUAUAUGGUAAGUAGAUGAGCUAUCAAAGACGCUUUGUCACUGAUUCAAGUCAGGUAAGGAAUUAGUUUCAAACUAAUAACAGCUUGCUGCACGAUCGUCACUUAAAUAGCCCGAAUAUGCUCCCUAUUGGUCGAAAAAAUGCUAUACUGCCAAUUUUUCUACGGGAGAAGAACUAUUGCUUCCAAAAGAAUAGUCUGAUUAAAUCUGAGGGGAAUUAGCUCUUGUUUAUUCUCGCAAGAUUGGGGAUGAUAAGUCCACGAGGGAGCAGGAACGGCUACUAACAGUUGAAGCGGUGAUCCUUUUCAUCACUUGUAUUUUUAGUUAUAGCUUGUUGUAGCCAGCUGUCUAACCUUUGGUGUCACUAAAGAAUGGUACAAAUAGAGGAGGAUACACGAAGCUUGACAAUUGUCGUCACGCAUACAGUUUCUUACGGGCUUACGACACUUUUGGCACUAGCUGGAAACUUGCUCGUUUUUCUCGCUCUCUACAGAAACAGGAGAUUACGAACUAUCACUAACCUUUACGUGAUAUCGCUGGCAGUGGCUGACGUGAUUGCAGCGACCUUUCCUUUUCCUUUUAGAACAAUCGUCUCUGGCUUACGUAGGUGGCCAUUUGGUUAUAAUUUUGCCCAGUUUGCAGGUUGUAUUCAAUUCUUCUGGACUGGGGUAUCAAUUUGUACCCUUAUGCUAACAGCUGUUAAUCGAUAUUUUUGCGUCGUAAAGCCCCAAAGGUACUCAAUCUACUUCAGUAGAAAGAAAGCGACGCUGUCGAUCAUUUUAGUUUGGUUAGUAAUGUGUGUUAUUUCAUUUACCGUUGCUUUCUCUUCGCAAUUUGUUUACCUCUGGAAUCCAAACGUCUGCAUGUUCCGUGUUAUUACGACUGCUAAAGCUAGUAAUGUCGCUUACUCAUGCUUCGGCUUUCUAUCAAUCUCGAUCGUAGUGUAUGGUUAUGGAAGCGUCUAUCGAGUCAUACUACGACACAAUAAUGCUGUCGCCCCUUCUCUUCAAGGAGCCAAUAGCUCAGGUGCAGUGUCGGCACAAGAGAUAAAAUCCUGUCGAGUUCUUUUUGCCACCGUGUUUGGAUUCUGCACCACCUGGUUUCCUUGGAUUCCUUUGAUAAUUUUAGAACAUGGCUUUAAAAUUUCCAUUCCAUCCGUUGUACUAUCGAUUGCAAUGUUGUCAACGUCCAUCUCUACGUGGAUCAAUCCGGUGAUCUAUGGCGUUAUGAAUCGAGCAAUGCGAAGGGAGUUUCAAAACAUACUUCUAUGUCGGAAUUGA